AUGAUACAAAAUGAUUUGCUUGAUCAAGGUAAUGAAAAUCACGGUAUUUAUUUUAAAGUAAUAGACGAUCCUGGCGAGCAAGAUUUUGUAUUACCUGAAUUCUCAUAUGAUGGCUAUCCUCAAUUAUCAUUACCAUCUAAAAGGCCAAAACUUCCAUUAUGGAAACAUGAUUUUUUCUUUUCUCAUGGUGAUGAAAAAGAUAAUAUGUUUACAAAUCCCAAUAGUGCACUUGUGUUUGAAUUUUAUCCAUCGCAAAAUAUUGCUAAUAGUACACAUUGGCGUAUAGCAGGUUUACUUGGAUGGACAGCUAUUCUAUUAGAUACACGAUUAUUAAACGCACUUUCAUCAUCAAGUGCAAGAGAAGGCAUGAGAACUGAAGGUCUUCUGAUCAAUAGUGAAGGCGAUUUAACACCCGAAAGUGCGAAACAUUUAACAGCUGAAGUUGUUCUUCGUCUUGUUACUGAAAGACAUCCAACAAAAAAUCUUCUUUCACCAUCAAGUAAUAAUUUACCUGUAUUACCUUCGUACUAUAAUCAAGGUAUUCAACAAAAUGAUACUGAGCCUGUUUAUGUGCAAGUAUCUGUGCCACAGAAAAACUUUUUACCAGCAAUAAAAUCACCAACAGUGCCACUGCCUGUUGCUCGUUCACCUAUACAAUUUAUACAAAGUGCUCCACAAGCACCAGCACCAGCAUCAGAUAAUACUCGUUAUCGCAUUCCACGUAUUAAUCCAUAUGAUUUGGAUGAUAUUCCAACAGAAUAUCGAGCUAUGUUGGCAACAAAUUAUCCUCCACGUCGUGAUGAUGAUAUUAAUGGUUGGUUUGAUUAUUUUGAACGUGAAGUUGCACUUUAUAAACAAGCUAUUCGACGUAUUAUACAAGAUGUUGCACAAUUACGUGAACAGCAUAAAACAUUAACAGCAGCAAAUACUGAUUUACGAACAAAAAUAGAAAAUUUUGAAAAGAAAAAAAAAGUUUUAUAUGAAAUUUUUGAAGGUGAUAAAAUUGAUAAAGCUAAAAUUCAAGAUAUACUCAAUCGUUUAAAUGCUAAAAUAUCUGCUCAAUCACUUGAAUUAAAAGAAAAUUAUGCAAAAAUAAUUGCUUAUGAAAAAGAAUUAGCUCGAAGAGGUGAAUUACGUGCUCAAUAUGAUGCAUUAGUUCGUUCAAGUCAAGCACGUGAAGUUGAAAUUAAAUUAUUACAACAACGAAUCAAUAAAGCUGAUGGACUAGAAGAAACAGUUCGACGUCAAGAAAUGGUUAUUGAAAGACUUGAAUCAAUGAUUAAUAAUUAUAUGAAACAAAAACGAGUAGGAGGAGCAUUUAGUGAUAUUGAUAGAAAUUUUUUAUCUGAACAUGCUGCACUUGGUUUAGAAGCUCAACAACUUCAAGAGAGACGAGCAUCUGCCUUACGUCAUACCGCAAUGGUAAAUAGUCAUCGAGAUGAUCUUCUUCAACAAAAUAUAGGUUAUCAACAAGAAUUAGCUACGCUUAAAGCUCGAUUACAAGAAAAUUCAGCUGCAUGGGGAAAAGAAAAAGCUGAAUUGCUUGAAAAAAUUAACUAUAUGGAACCAUCGUCACCUACACCACGAACACGAAUACGAAAAACAAAAUUUUCUUAA